AAGAUCCAUCUUACCUGAUGGUUCAAUGUGAAGCGCUAGUGUAGUUCAUCCGUUUCGCUUUCAGAAAAAAUGUUUGAAUAGUCGAGUAAAUUUGAUCAGGGACGUAUUUAUUUUUGUUCUGAUAAAGGCUGUAGAAAUUAAACGUUAAAUAUACAAGUUUCGUGCAGAAAUAUUACAUUUAAAUUGGCUGCUGUAUCAAUCGGAAAGCAGGAAGUAUGGAUGACAUUGACGAUUUUUUCGACUUCAGCAAACCCUUCAAUCGGGUAGUAAUUUCCGGUGGAUAUUGCAAUGCUACGGUCGUGGAAGAUAAGAGCCUUUUUGCCAAGAUGCCCGAGAGGGAAAAACUUGGGAAAGAGUAUGUCGGAAAGUUCGUUAAAGAGGAAGAAUCGCAGUUAAUUAAUGCUUUUUUGGAUGAAGCUGCUGGUCCAUCUACCUCUCGCACUUCGAAUUUGGAAGAUGUGGAUGACGAUGCAACGAUGGCUGACGAAGACGAAGAGCAUACAAGAACACUUAAAGCCAAAGAGAUGAUGUUUCCUUUAUUUCAACGGUACAAUUUCGUAAUGAAGCCUAGCAAGCUUCCCAUCACUUACAGUAAAGAUGAAAUUUUGGAUAGGAUUCGGAGUAACGCCGUUACUAUCCUGCAGGGAACGACAGGAUGUGGAAAGACAACUCAAGUUCCUCAAUUUUUGCUAGAAGAUGCUUUCCAUCGGAAAGAAUACUGUAACAUUAUUGUGACCCAACCACGAAAGAUUGCCGCUAUGUCAAUUGCAAAUCGCGUUGCUGAAGAACGUAAAUGCAAGACGGGAACACUUGUCGGAUAUAAAGUAGGUUUGAAGGAAUGUGUCGGUCCGGACACUCGGUUGCUAUAUGUAACUACAGGAGUAUUGCUACAGUCAUUAAUCACGGCCAAAACCAUGGCUAAUUAUACUCACGUGAUACUGGAUGAGGUACACGAACGGGAAGUUGAUAUGGAUUUUCUGCUAAUAGUUGUGCGUAGAUUUCUAGCCACUAAUUCCUCUAAAACCAAAAUUAUUCUAAUGUCUGCUACAAUUGAUGCGAAAGUGUUUUCUGAAUAUUUUAAAAUUCCUAAGAAAAGUGGCUACCUUUCGGCACCCAUAAUUUCAAUUGACCGUCCUCCUCCACAUGAAGUUAAUAUAUAUUACAAUGAUGAUUUGGACAAACUGAAAAUAGAUUUGGUUGUCGACUACGAAAAUCCUGGCAUUUCUCCGGAAAUGUAUAAAGUGGCUGCUAAACUCGUAUUCAUAUGUGAUCGUUUGCUUGAAGACGGCGAUGACGAUGGCAGAGCGUUUAUAGGCAAACCAUCUAUUAUCAUAUUCCUUCCAGGCAUUAAUGAAAUCGAUCAUAUGUAUGCUUCUUUGAUUGAGAUGGCUGAACAAAGUCGUACAUCCGAAACUAAUCUGAAGCUUAUUAAAUUACAUUCAACAAUGCCAACUGACGAACAGGUUGAAGUUUUUCGUCGGCCUGCUCCAGGUCAGCGAAAAGUGAUUUUAUCGACCAACAUUGCGGAAAGCUCUGUCACCAUUCCCGAUGUUAAGUUCAUUAUCGAUUUUUGUUUGCAACGUAAUUUAUUUACGGACAGCAGUACAAGUUUUGCCACUCUAAAGACAGAGUGGGCUUCCCAGAGUAACCUCAUCCAGCGUGCUGGUCGAACAGGCCGAGUAAUGAAGGGCCGUGUCUAUCGACUGAUAAAUCGUCGCUUUUUCGAUCAUCAAAUGAACCUAUCGUCUCCUCCGGAGAUACUUCGUUGUCCAUUGGAAAAUGUGGUUCUUAAGGCUAAAUUACUAGAGAUGGGACCGCCUCAUUCUAUUCUGGCACUUGCUCUAAAUCCACCCGAUUUAAGCGACAUUCGUAAUACCGUUCUUCAGCUAAAAGAAAUGGGAGCAUUGUUGCGAACAGUAAACGGAAACACGGAACAGCUUGACGGAGACAUGACCUAUAUGGGUCGUAUAAUGGCAAAGCUUCCGCUUGAUAUACGCAUCUCUAAGCUAAUCAUUUUGGGAUAUGUUUUUAGCGUGCUAGAAGAUACGGUCAUCAUUGGCGCAGGCAUGAAUGUCAAAAAUAUAUUUCUUAGUCAAAACAACGUCAAAACUUAUUCACAAAAAAUGUUCUGGUCUGAUGGAUCAGGAAGCGAUGGAAUUGCUAUUCUCAAUGCUUAUACCGCAUGGAGAAGUCGUAAGGAACAAGCCGGAGAUGGUGGUGACAUGGCAAGUUGGACGCGUCGAAUGUCACUGGACCUAAAGUGUAUAAUAGAUAUGGCUGAGUUGAUACGCGAAAUUAAGGAUCGUUUGCAAAAAGCAGGAUUAAAAGAAACAGCCGGCCCCAAUCGAGUCGUUUGGUCAUCCCGCGAAAAGACAGUGAUCUUGAAGGUAAUAAUGGCUGGUGCCUUCUACCCAAAUUACUAUGUGCCCAUAUCGGCGGGUGGAAAAGAGGUGAUGGAGCGGCAAUCGUUCACAGAACUGGGCGGGCGUGAUCCAUGCAAUACAGUGUUUUUCACCGGCUUUGACCACGAAAGAUACAUUGGCCCGCUCUAUACUGCGCAGAUAAAGAAGCUACUUAGUGAAGGCGAUAUAUCUCUUCAUUCUAACAUCAAGGUAAUGUAUGAUCGCACAACGAAUCGCAUAUUCAUCACCUUCCUCGGAAGUAACGAUGAUCGUAACCAGCGCGCCUCGUUCAUGCCCGGCAAAGUCCACUCCGAUGUGUACCGUGCCAUAAAACUGCGCAAACUUGGCCAGCGAUAUCGCCCAACGGAGAUACGUACCAUGCGACAGAAGGACGCCAUCGAGUAUGCAACGCGGAUUGGCCUCGGCAAAUGGGAGGAGGCUAAUGGGUGGGUACCUCGUCGGAAGAUUGUUCGCAACGCUCAUCUGUCGGUCAUACCGCCGCUUCAUCGGGCCAGUAUGGUCUGUCAAGUCACACACGUUGUACACUGCAACAAAUUUCAUCUACGUCCAGAGGAUAGUAGAAACAAGGAUAUUUUUGCCGAUAUUCAUUCCAGACUAAAUACUAAUCCGCAUCGAUUGCAGCAAUUCGAGCCGGAUUGGCACUUUUCAAUCGGACAGAUGGUGGCUGCUCCAUUACAGGAAAAUAGCAAACAGUAUGCAAGGGCUGUUUUGCAGAGUUACAAAAGUAUGCGCAGCACAGGAGACGUUUUGUGGACUGUUUUCUUUCUCGAUUACGGUCACACAGCAGUCUUGGGAGAGUCUGCCUUCAGAUGUUUGGAUGGACCUCUUGAAUAUUUGAAGGAUAUUCCACAGCGCGUGUUUGAAGCAUCUCUGGCGGAAACUCAACCAUCGGCUGUAAUUUCCCCUCAAGGUAUUUGGACAGCAGAAACGAUAAAUCGAUUUAAAGAAAUGACACUUGGAAAAAUCUUUAUUGCGGAAAUUUAUUCAGUUGUUAAUAAUGUUGCUAGUGUUUUUCUGAGAAAGGGAGAUGAAAUUGCAAUAAAUUGUGAAUUAGUUCGAUUGAAAUAUGCUCAAUACUCUGAAGAGAGCUAUAUUUCAAAGCUUGACCAUGACGCUCGCGAACGAAAACAACGCGAAAUGUCGCUGGAUGAAAACAUGCGAAUGGAAGUUUACCGUUUAGCGGAAACUAACCAGAAUGUGUAUGAAGAAGAAGAGUUAGAGGACGUGCACCCACCAGAAGAAAAACUACGUUGUAAAGUGGCUUUGUCUGGUCCUCACAGUCCCUUGGAGACAAGUGCUUCGGCAACUGUACGAUCCGGUGUUAUGAAACCGGUUGCUAUCGAAGCCGAUUCGGUAAACUCUGUAUUGUUGGAUUCCAAUCCUCAAGAUACCCACGAAAAGCUUUUGGUAGCUGGUUUCGUGAAUGAACAAGGCAAUCGCCUGAUUUUAAGACAGACAACAAUGAUGCCGAACAUUCCAGGUUUCGGUGCAUUGAUGGCUCUAAUUUUCUGUCCAACUUGUCAGUUGAAGAAAGAUGAAGAUGAGACACGUGUCGUGAGCGUUCUUGCUGGGUUAGGCAUGGAUAAGUCUACUGGUGAAGCGUUGUAUCCCGAGCAUGAUAUUGCGCUUACACUAGAUGUGGUUCUUACGGAAGAAGAUAUUUCACAGAUAAAUGCUUUGCGCUAUACUAUUGACAGUAUUUUACACACCGACCACGAUCAAACGAUGCCUAAAUUCAACGAUGUUUCGAUCGAGAAACUUAAGCUGAACAUAAAAAGUUUCAUUAUCAAGAUCCUAGAAGCUGAACGAAAGUUUAUGGAUGUUCGCCAUGCUCCAAAUGACUAUAUUUGGAAAACUGACGCAAAUACUAGUGCAAGCUCUUCGUCUAAAAAGCGCAAAGAUGAUCUUAAUAUCUACAGCAAUGCCAUAUAUCCUCUCCAUGAGCCGCUGAACCUACUGCCAGUUAGUGCUAAGGAGAUUGAAAGAAUGAAGAAACAUUGCCGUGAUCUGCACAAGCUGGCAUUGACGGACAUCCAUCUUCCUCGACACGGUAUCACAUGUAUGAUGUGUAACACUGGAUUGGAAACUCUGCCGCAGUUGCGAAUUCAUCUCUACUCUAAGUUGCACCGCGAUCGUGAGUCACAAAUCAAGUUCCGUCAUUGAUUUGUAAUCUUUGCUUAAAAGGUGCGAUAUAUCAGAUCAAAUUUGAAAAUUUAAUUUUCCUUUUAUUAUACUGUUUUUAAUAUGUGUUGGCGAAAACGCAUUAUUUCCAUCCUAUCUUGUCAUUUUUUCCAUAUUGAGACGCUCCGUUCUGAUGAACGUUUAGAAAAUUAUUUCAGUUUUUAUCAGCCAUACAAAUUGGAAACUAUCCUGAACUAUUCAAUGUAAAACUAAAGUUGAAUAAAUAUGCUGAUCAUUUCAUUCUGUCCUCGCCACAUGUGACUAUUCUUUAUAUCUUCGACGGGUACCAUAAUA